AUGGAUCAAGUCCAACAAUACACUGAACCAUGCAAACAAUUUUUUAAAGAUUCAUAUCGUUUAAUUAAAAAAUGUACUAAACCCGAUCGAAAAGAAUAUCAAAAGAUUGCUAUGGCAACAGCUAUUGGAUUUGCUAUUAUGGGUUUCAUUGGUUUUUUUGUUAAACUUAUUCAUAUACCUAUGACAUCAACUUUCGAAGCUGAUUUAACACAAAAAUUAGAAACUAGUAGCUUAGAAGCAGCUAAAAAUGAAAUACCGAUUGGGAAAGAUGCAGCUGAUAUGGUCAAAGGUCAAGCAAAUGAAGCAUUUAAAAAUGGUGAUUAUGAAAAAGCAACUGAAUUAUAUACAAAAGCAAUUGAAAUGCAUCCAGAUGCAAUUUUAUAUUCAAAUCGAAGCUUUGCUUAUCUUCGUCGUGAAUGGUAUGGCUAUGCAUUGAUUGAUGCUAAAAAAGCACUUGAAUAUGAUUCAAAAUAUAUCAAAGCAUAUUAUCGUCGAGCAUCGUCUUAUAUGGCUUUAGGAAAAUAUACAUUAGCUUUAUCUGAUUAUGAAUAUGUCACAAAAGCAUGUCCGAAUGAUAAAGAUGCAACAAUGAAAUAUGAAGAAUGUAAAAAAGUUGUAACACGUAUUCGUUUUGAAAAAGCCAUUGCUGUUGAUGAAUCAUCAAAAUCAGUUGCAAAUCAAAUUGAAAUGAAUACUAUGACCGUAGAAAAAGAAUAUGACGGUCCACAUUUAGAGCUAGAUGGUCGAGUUACCAAAGAAUUUAUGUUUGCAUUAUUACCAUACUUCGAAAAUCAAAAAAAACUUCACAAAAGAUAUGCUUAUCAAAUAAUUCUACAAAUUCUUACAAUGCUGAAAUCAUUACCAACAUUAAUUGAAAUUACUGUACCACCAAAACAUAAAUUUACUAUUUGUGGAGAUAUUCAUGGACAAUUUUAUGAUUUAUUGAAUAUAUUUAAAUUAAAUGGACCACCAUCCGAAGAAAAUCCAUAUUUAUUUAAUGGUGAUUUUGUUGACCGUGGUUCAUUUAGUGUUGAAUGUAUUCUUACUUUAUUUGGCUUUAAGUUGCUUUAUCCUGAUUAUUUUUUUCUUGCUCGAGGUAAUCAUGAAUCAUUAACAAUGAAUCAAAUGUAUGGUUUCGAAGGCGAAGUUAAAGCAAAAUAUACAACACAAAUGUUUCAAUUAUUUACCGAAGUUUUUAAUUAUUUACCAUUAUCACAUUGUAUCAAUAAUAAAGUUCUUGUUAUGCAUGGUGGAUUAUUUAGUAAAGAUGAUGUGACAUUAAAAGAUAUACGUGCUAUUGAUCGUGUGAAACAACCACCGGAAGAAGGAUUAAUGUCAGAAAUAUUAUGGAGUGAUCCACAACCACAAAAUGGACGAUCGGAAAGUAAACGUGGUGUUGGUAUGUAUCGAAAAUUUUUGUCAAUCUUGUUUUUUUAUUCUAUUGAUAUUAAACAUCAAUGCGAAUAUCUUUUUCUAGGUCUUCAAUUCGGACCUGAUGUUACUCAACGUUUUAUAAAAUUAAAUAAUUUAGAAUACGUUGUUCGUAGUCAUGAAGUUAAACAAGAAGGUUAUGAAUUAGCUCAUAAUGGAAAAUGUAUAACCGUAUUUUCAGCACCAAACUAUUGUGAUACAAUGGGAAAUAAAGGUGCAUAUAUUACAAUAACUGGUGAUGAUGUCAGACCUAGAUUUACAUCUUAUGCUGCUGUACCACAUCCAGCUGUUCGUCCGAUGAUGUAUGCUAAUCAAUUGUCAAUGUUUGGUUUGAUGUAG